CACGGGAAAAAAACGAACCCUCUGACACGCGAUCAAGUUUGUGUGGAGGGAGAACAUGAGAAAACUACCAAGGAACUCGAUUGAUUAUUACAUAUUGCCGAACAAGAUCAUGUGCAGUGUGGUUGGCGUGUGGCCUUCCGAUGAUAAACGCUCGAUCUGCAGCAAAAUAUUCGCAUACUUUCGGUUCAUAGUCUCUUUAAUGGCUGUCUUUAGCAUUUUCGUGCCGGGACUUUUGGUAAUUGCAGUGAACUGGGGUGAUUUGAAUAUUCUGACAGGAGUCGGGUGUACUUCAACGUCUCUUGCACAAUUUUUGUUCAAAAUAAUUUAUCUAGUAGCAAGGCGAGAGAAAUCAUGUACAUUGUAUAAAGAAUUAAGAAGUCUCUGGGACUCCACUGACGAUCCUAAAGAAAGGCAAUCUUACAAAGAAUUCGCUUACUGGGCACGAAUUUAUUCGAUCGUCUUCUAUUUGUCCUCGACGAUGACUGUGAUUAUGUUCACAGCUUCAGCAGCCUGGGAUUGUAUUAGAACCGAAUAUAUCGGCAAUGGUGUUAGUGGUCGACAUUUACCAAUUGUUGCCUGGGAUAGAACGGAUGUCACGGAAUCGCCCAACUUUGAAAUUGCCUUUGUUUGUCAAUUCCUAGCAACUUUGCUUUCCGCCGUUGCAGUUUGCGGCGUAGAUACCACAUGUUUCACCAUAAUCCUACACGUAUCUGGACAAUUCAGAUUAAUUAGCACGUGGAUCAGUAAUAUUGGGUUCGAAAUAAGAUCCCAUUCUACUAAUUAUGGAUCCGAUCGGUCGGGGAAUUUGGCAAGAGAUCUAAUCAGGUGUAUUCGUCAUCAUCAACGAUUAAUAAAUGUGGUGAAUGAUGUUAAUGAUUUGUUAACCCCCAUCAUUUUUAUGCAACUCCUCACGAGUGGAAUAGAAAUUUGUUUAAGUGGAUUCGCAGUUAUGAGUAAUGGUGCAAGCGCCGAUUUGUUUAAAUUUAUCUGUUAUUUAUCAUUGAUGAUGACACAACUUUUAAUGUGGUGCUGGCCUGGUGAAAUUUUGGUUCAGGAAAGCCAGGAAAUAGGAUACGCAGUUUAUCUGGAUGUACCAUGGUAUAAAUUAUCACCGAUUUAUAGAAGACAGCUUUUACUUAUAAUCCUCAGAUCGCAGAAGUACUGCAGUAUUUCUGCAUUAACGUUUCAAACGUUGUCUGUUCAUACUUUAACAAGUGUAUUUAAUACAGCCACCUCUUAUUUCACUUUAUUACGUCAAAUGCAACAGAAUGAAGUGUGAAUCUUAUGAUAACUGGAAUCCAUGGUUUCUCUCAUGCUGCAAAAGGUUUUUGAAGAAACAGAAAAAUAUACCUGUGUA